AUUGGCAUCCGAGAGAGGCUUGUGCUCUUCUUGUGGUGGUGGUGGUGGUGGUGAGGGUCAAGGUUAAGAGGAGGUGGUGGUGGUGGCGGUGGUCCUCGUAGAGAGGGAUGCAAAAGUAGACCUAGUGUUUCGGAAUAACAAAGACUGAGGAGGUGGUCGGCAUUUUGUAGUUUGGCCGUGCUUCUUCCACAUCUCAGCCUUUUGUUUUUUCCGAGACAUUGGCACAUUGCACCCCUCAUCCUCUAAUAGUUCUGUGCUUUUCCCAUUCCGAUCUGAAGCGUCCGGGGCAAUUUCCAUUCUUGUUCUUCAUACACGUUCUUGUCCGUCGGAUCUGGAAUUUUGAUUUCCUCCUACCGAUUUGAGUCACGUAGCAUUUUUGGUGAGAGUUGAGGAAAAAACUUGAUCGAGCGUCUCAACUUGCGGUCAAUUUUGGGGUUUUGAUUGAAUUUGAAACGAUAAGUUCUCGUCUUCAGCUGUAAAGUUUUGAGGUAGAGAAACGACAAGUUCUGUAACAAUGCAUUUUAAAAGCAUUGUUCGCGAGCUUAGGGACAUGAGAGAUAGUAUAGGAAACUCGUCGAGAAGGAGAGCAGAGGGGAAGCACACGAACCGUCGUGGAAGAUCGCAUAUAGCCCCUGAAGGGUCUCCAUCUUCAUCUGCACUCUUUCAACAACAAAGUCAGUGGGCUAACAUGCCUCCCGAAUUGCUUCUUGAUAUAAUCCAGAGGGUGGAAGCCGCCGAGGCUUCAUGGCCUGCCCGUCGGGAUGUUGUUUCUUGUGGAUCAGUUUGUAGGUCAUGGCGGGAUAUCACCAAAGAGAUAGUCAAGACUCCCGAGCAAUGUGGUUGCCUCACGUUCCCUAUUUCAUUGAAGCAGCCUGGGCCAAGGGAAUCCCAAAUUCAAUGCUUUAUCAAGAGAGAAAGGGCGACUUCAACUUUCCGAUUGUAUCUUGGUCUGAGCCCUGCCCUAUCGGGGGAUGCCAGUAAAUUAUUAUUGGCUGCCAGAAAGAUCAGAAGGGCGACGAGCACGGAGUUUGUGAUAUCCUUGCUUGGGGACGAUUUCUCUCGAGCAACCAAUGCAUAUGUUGGAAAAUUAAAGUCUAAUUUUCUGGGUACUAAAUUCACCAUCUACGACAGUCAGCCGCCACAUGACCCUGCAGUCCAGUCGAAUUGUCAGUCAAACGGAAGAUUACAUUCAAAGCAGGGGUCUACCAGGUCACCCAGUGGUAACUAUAAUGUGGCCACCAUAUCUUAUGAGCUCAACGUUCUGCGUACCAGAGGCCCUAGGAGAAUGCACUGCACCAUGCAUUGGAUCCCCAUCUCUGCAAUUCAGGAAGGUGGCACCGCCCCAACUCCAAUGACAUUUGCAAAAUGCCAAAAGGAUCAAUUUCCUCAGUCAGCGGAUCCAAAAGGAAAGAACCCACUCAUUGAGUUUAGCUCCAACAGUCUUGCUGAGACACCAGAAUCCAUCCAAGACACGAGAAAUCCACUGGUUUUGAAAAAUAAAGCUCCUAGAUGGCAUGAGCAGCUGCAAUGCUGGUGCCUGAAUUUCAAAGGACGUGUUACAGUGGCCUCCGUAAAAAAUUUCCAGCUGGUGGCAGCUGUGGAGCCUUGCCAAAAUGUCUCUGUGGCAGAGCAAGAAAAAGUAAUACUACAGUUUGGAAAGAUUGGGAAAGACAUAUUCACCAUGGAUUAUCGAUACCCCCUCUCUGCCUUCCAAGCAUUUGCAAUCUGCUUGAGCAGCUUUGACACUAAACCAGCCUGUGAAUGAUCACAUUGUAUUAUCAUUAUAGGUCAUGAUCUUGCUAUGCUUCCCCCCAUAGUCUCUUGUAUAUAUAUUCUUCAAAGGAAGCUCUCUAGGCUUUGUCCAUCCUCAUCACAGAGCGCCUUUUAUGUGCAGGCAUUAGUUUUUGUAACAGCAAUGAUCCAGAGUGUAUUUGUAAGUGGCAAAAUCUAUUUUAUCUGUGGAAUGGCAGUUCCAUAAGAGUUUGCCCCAAGUAUGUAACUUCAUCACUCUUGGAGAAUUUUAUGCCUAAUUUUGCAGAAACUCAAA